AUGGAAGAUCUCAACGUUUCUGACCGGUCUGCAAGUCCACGACGUUCACGAAGCAAUUCGCGACAUCGUUCAACCGAUAGCACCUCAUCUACUAGUCCACGACACGUCAAAUCUCUCCUUCUGGCGAUGCUAAAAAUGAAAACAUUUAUUGGACAAUUCACAGCAACCAUCAGGGUUGACCAACUGGGACAGUACAGAGAUGUCAUCCAAAUUGAAGCAAGAGAUCCCCUUGUACCCAUCAUCACUGAAUUACAAAUGAGAAUCUAUCAAGCUUUUCCAAACAGCUGGCCUGGUGUUACCAAACCUGGUGAUUUGGCUGUUCAAGAUGGUCAUUGCUUUUGGGUUGAAAAUGCUGACAAACUCUUUGAACCUCAUCACUAUAGAAUCACAGACAUUCAAUUUACCAAGAAUGAAAUUUGCUUUAUUAUUAAGACUGAAGGUAAAGUGGUUCCAGAGAUGUCAGCCAAUGAGAAAAGUAUUUAUGAAGUAUUAAGCACUUCCAAGGAAGUUAUCCAGGCCCAGUCUAAACUGUUUGCAGUGGGUAUGUGGGAGUUGCUAACAGUAGAAAACAUUAAAAACACUCUUAGAUUUCUUGGUGCUUUGAUAACACUACUUGGCACUGCUGGAGUAUAUUUACUGGAUUAUCUUAUCAGACUGAUACAUGCACUCACUGGUUUGCUUAAAGUAUCCAUGCCAGCAGUAAUGAAAUGUUUGGAUAUCCUGCAGAAAGUAAUUGGUGCAAUUUUUGUUUUCUUUGCAAUGGUUUGGAGGGAUUUGAUGGGUACUUCCAGGGGAGCGUAUUAUCAUGACAGACCGCGACCCAUAAGAUAUCGCUAA